UGUUUGUCAAUGCUAAGUUACAAUUUUGGAGUAGAUAUGUUUCACAGAAAGAAGUUUGAUGCAUGUGUUUCAUGGCUGAGGGAAUCCUACGAAUUGGGAAAAUGUAGGAGAGAUGUUGGUCCAAGAAAACAAUCAAGAACACUACGUCUACUGGCAAGCAGCUACAUGGAAUGGAAUGUAAAAGAGCACUGGCAGAAAGCCCUGAAUGCUGUCGGACUUGCCAACUCAGAGUUUUCUCAUCCAACAGGACUGAGAUUGAAACUCAGUAUCCUCUUGGCCACACACGCAAAAGACAGUAGGAUAUCAGCCGCAUUUGAGGAGACCCUCAAUCAUCCAGAACUGGAUGUAACUACGGGACUAUCGACAGUAGAGUUGGCCGUCCGACACAAGCAAGUGGACCUAGCCUACAGCGGUUUCAAACAGCUAUCGGUCCAAUUUCAAAAUUCUCCCGACUUUGAGCAAAUUCAAAUAUCACACCUUGAACUGCUCCUCAUGGAGCAAAACACACAAGCAGCUCAAGACCUUCUAAGUGACGUGAUCAGAGACCAACGGUUGAGUGAGUCUCUUACAGUUAGUGCACGUAAGAAAAUCCACAAGCUGCUGUGGCAACAAGCAUCGGCAGUGUGUGAGGCAGAACAGCCCGCAAAGGCAUUGGAGUGGUAUGAUCUUUCCCUCAGAUUGUUCACUAAAGAAGAAUUGGACAGUAGCAAUGCGGCAAAAUUGCAGAGGAACAGGGCAACCUGCUUCAUUUCAAUCGCCGACUUUAAAAGUGCUCACGAUGCCAUUCUGGAGGCAGAAAGAAGUGACUCAACUAAUCCAAUAACCUAUUAUCUCAAAUUUAAAAUGAAUUUACUGCAAGGCAAUUCAGACUCUGCUGUCGAAGCAAUUGAAGAGAUGUGCAACACACUCGCAGCACAUCAAGAAAUCUCAUCAGCAGGCAGUGACGACAGCAACGCCCUAAUCUCUCUAGCAGCACAACUAGCAUUUGAGAAAAGCAAUCAUGUUGCUGCAGAGAAGGCACUCGAAUGCCUCACUGAAAGAUUGCGUAAUGAUUCCCAAAAGCUGACGACCCUACGGUGCCUAACUCGCUUGAAACUAUCCCUGCUGACUGAUCAAUCCAACACAAGUGCAGUGAUGUCCAUAUCAUACUACAUCACCACAGCCUUGGAGACACUGUCAACUACCGGAAAAGAGAAGCUAAAUGAAGAUGUCUAUGAGAAUGAAACCAAGUGGUUCAUGAAGAUAGCAUGGAAUCUUGCACUCCAAUGCCAAAAUUCGACAAAAGAAAUGUAUGAUCUGAUCCGUGCGUGUCAAAAGCUAGCAAAGCUGUCUCGUGACCACGAAACUAGUGUCACACGGCAGAAAACUUGUCUUCUCUUAGCAGCAGCAGCAGGACUAGAGAUGGCAAGACAAGAAACCAAUGAGAAGAACAAGAUCACAACGAUUGUUGAAGUACUUCACCACAUUGAACAAUGCCAGCAGCUUCAAAUGCAAGCGACAUCAACCGCUUCUGUCUCCCACAGCAACACAGACACUCUCCUCUUGUUGUAUGAAUUCGAAGCCAAAGCUCAGUCGGAUUAUCCAAUCAAAGAACUGUAUGAACUUCUAGAAAAAGCCAACACAUUGCCAGGAGCCGAUGCCAAAACAUUUGAGACUCUGGCAGGAUUGGCGGUUCAAUCUCCGGUUCCACACACUGCCGAAUUAGCUUUAGCUGCUCUCGACGUGUCCAUAUCAAGAUACACAAACAGCAACGACAUCGAUCUUGUAAAAUGCAGCAAAGUGUUUCGAGGAGCUAUACAGCUUUGUUUGCAGAAAGACAUGAAAGAUGCCAAUUACAUAAAAGCAUGGAAUUACUACCAACAAGUUCUAGAGAUAGUCGAGACAGACAGGAAUGAAACAUAUCCGGAAAUAGAAGUUUUGUGGCUCCUGACAAAGGCAUGGAAUCAUGGCAUCCGCCAGUAUAGUGGAGGUCAGUGCAGAGAUGCCGAGCAGUGGUGUGGUUUAGGUAUGAGAUUGCUCAGCAAACUCACUUCCAUGAAAUCAAACUACGAAACACAGAUGGCAGGAGUAUAUUCUGAAAUUCUGUCAAAGGUUGAAGAACACAGCGAGAAAACAAAUGCUAAACAAUAGAACACAUUGCAGACAUCGUGUCCAGAUAUUGAGAUACUGACCCACAUAUUUCAUGGUAUACUUCCUGUAUGGUACUUGGUCGCAGUAAUUCAAGACUUAUCUCCUAUUGUAUGACCUCUAGUACAUAUUGAUUAAGUUAUUAUUUCUCCACACUGCCAUUCUGUAAUGUUAUUGUUAAAAUACAACAACAUUGUACACGUAGUUGGUAUUUGUAAUGCUAUAGAGUCAGCCAUGCAUAACAUCGAUCAACUACUUUGAUUAGAAAAUUCAGAAUAAU